UCUAGAGAAGACACAGCCGCUGAUCCUUCAGACCCUCGGACUUAAUACAGGAGUUCUGGGCUUCUCCUGCUUCGGCCUAGCUCUGAGACAAUGAAGGCUACUCACUGCCUCUUGGCUUUGCAGCUCUGCCUUAUGGCCAUUUCUGGCUGUUACUGCCACGGCACACUCAUCGAAAGCCUAGAAAGUCUGAAGAACUAUUUUAACUCAACUGGCAUAGAAGAUGUGGAAGAAAAGAGCCUCCUCUUGGAUAUCUGGAGAAACUGGCAAAAGGACGGUGACACAAAAAUACUUGAGGGCCAGAUCAUCUCGUUCUACCUCAGACUCUUUGAAGUCUUGAAAGACAACCAGGCCAUCAGCAACAACAUAAGCGUCAUUGAAUCACACCUGAUUACCAACUUCUUCAGCAACAGUAAGGCGAAAAAGGAUGCAUUCAUGAGCAUCACCAAGUUUGAGGUAAACAACCCACAGAUCCAGCGCAGAGCUGCCAGAGAACUCAUCAGACUGAUCCACCAGCUAUCACCAGAAUCUAGCCUAAGGAAGCGGAAAAGGAGUCGGUGCUGAUUUGGGGGGUAGAGCUGUCACAAUAAGAAUAAUUCUGCCAGCACUAUUUGAAUUUUUAAAUCUAAACCUAUUUAUUACUAUUUAAAAUUAUUUAUAUGAAGAAUAUAUUUUAGACUCAUCAACCAAAGAAGUAUUUAUAGUAACAACUUACAUGUGAUAAGAAUGAAUUUCUAUUAAUAUAUGUGUUAUUUAUAAUUUCUGUGUCCUCAACUAUUUCUCUUUGACCAACUAUUCUUUCUGACUAAUUAACCAAGACUGUGAUUACAAGGUUGUAUCUGGGGGCGGGGGGCGGGGCAGCUGACCCGCUGACUGAACUCAGACUGUGGCUUGUUCAGUUACUUCACUUUGCCCACGGGGGACAUUUAGCACUGCAAUGAUCCCGUGAGGUGCUGCUGACAGGAGGAAGUGCCUACACUCUGGGCCAGUGCUUUAAUAGCAGUUCAGACAGCACUUCAAUGUGUCAGAUAGUACAGGCUGUCCCUGGAGGAAAGCAGUGUCUCAGGAGAUUUUGCACCUGGUGCUUCCAUAUACUGCUGAAAGCUGUGACUACACCUGAAUGACAAAUAACUCGCCCUUUUAAAGUUUAUCACUGUCUAAUUGCAUAUGAAUAAAGUGUACUUUUGCAACCAA